CGAUAGUAUAUAGUUUUGUUCUUUAAGUUCUUUUAUUAAUUUUAUCAUAACACAUCACGUAGGUAUUGUUAUUGUAUUGCUGUAACCUGAGCGGAUACUAAUCCCUAAAAAUGGUUCAAUUGGAUGUAAGGACAGAACAGCGUGGCCCAGCUUUGAAAUUAAUAUUAUCAGUAAUUAGGUCGUCAGACGACAAUAGCGAAGUGACCACUGAAGCUAUUGAUGUUGAUGGUUUAGCUUCAAUUCUUGGAACAUUUCGGCCAAAUACUUCAAAUGAACUUCAACUUCGUAUAGGAAUGAAGAAGAAUGAAAAAGCGAAGAAUUUAGUAGUUACUAUAAAAAUAACUUUCGAUAAAUAUGUUAAGGAGAUAUCUUGUCCUGGCGAAUGGGUAGAAAUUAUAUUAGAACCAACAAUACGAACUAACGCAUAUUUUACUUUUAAUGGCAAGUAUGGUUACACAUAUACUAUAGUUCUAAAUAUUACUGCGCAUGCUGUAUCAUCAUUGACUUCAUAUGUCAAUAAUCAACUUUAUGAAGAUACAGAGUUUACUGACUUUCAACUUACAACAUCCGAUACAGAUACCGUACAAACUGUAGCGGUGCACAAAGCUGUGCUGGUUGUCCACAGUUAUACAUUUAAAGCAAUGCUAAGGAAGUCAUGGAAGGAAACAGAAGAAAAUAGUAUGAAGUUAGACGGAACCACUUUGCAGACGCUUCAGGACUUAAAGCAAUACAUGUAUUUAGGCACACUGCCCAAUGAGGGACUUGAGCCAUUGCUGAUCAUUGCUACUCGCUACAUGAUGGAAAAACUUGAGACAGAUUGCAUCACUCAACUGAUCACAUCACUGAAGCCAGAGAACUUUGAUGCUCUUAUUGAAUUUGCCUGUCAAAACAACCUGCCUCAACUAAUGAGAGCUCUUGUGUUCAGAAUUCCAGAUGAUGUUCUGGAUGGUGCCUACCAAUUCAAGGUUAAAGAUAAAAAAUCUGAAGAUAUAGAAUAGUCUUGACUAAGUUUCUUAAUGUUUCGUUACAUAUGUAGUCUGUGGUUACAUUCUAGACUCUGGCUAAUGAAAGUUGAGCCUGAAAA